AUGUCGUGCUUAGCUUGUUGCUGUGCGUCGGCGACUUGUGGGUUGUGCUCCUCGGUGGCUUCCGGUAUCUCUAGAAAAUCGGCGAGGAUCGCUUAUUGUGGUCUCUUCGGUGCCUCCCUUGUCGUCUCUUGGAUUCUUCGCGAGACCGGUGCUCCGCUCCUCGAGAAGUUCCCUUGUACGUUCUCUGAUCCGUCUUCCUCUAUCUAUGUUCAAUCUCAGAUGUUUCAGUGGGUUUGUAGAUAUCAGGUUCCUGUUAGCCAGAGAUUUGAUGAUUGGAAUUUGGGGAUAAACACUUCCGAUGCAUUUACCAAAGAAUGGUAUCAGCAGCAAGCUGUUCUUCGUGUGAGCUUUGGGAAUUUCCUCUUCUUUGCGAUAUAUGCUUUGAUCAUGAUUGGUGUCAAGGACCAGAACGACAGGCGUGACUCGUGGCACCAUGGUGGAUGGCCUGUGAAGAUGAUUGUCUGGUUUUUGCUUGUUGUCCUCAUGUUCUUCGUUCCAAAUGUUAUCGUCUCAAUCUAUGGAACUUUAUCAAAGUUUGGUGCUGGAGCAUUUCUGUUGGUUCAAGUGGUCUUGUUGUUAGAUGCUACACAUAACUGGAAUGAUUCUUGGGUCGAGAAGGAUGAAAGGAAGUGGUACGUCGCUCUGCUUGUCAUAUCUGUUGCCUGUUACCUUGCCACAUACGCCUUCUCAGGAAUCCUGUUCAUGUGGUUCAACCCAUCUGGCCAUGAUUGUGGACUGAAUGUUUUCUUCAUAGUCAUGACGAUGAUCCUUGCCUUUGUUUUUGCCAUUGUUGCUUUACAUCCUGCGGUGAAUGGCAGCCUUUUACCAGCAUCGGUUAUAUCUGUGUACUGUGCUUAUGUCUGUUACACGGGUCUCUCUAGCGAGCCACAUGACUACGUGUGCAACGGACUAAACAGAUCCAAGGCGGUGACGGCUAGUACUCUAAUACUCGGAAUGCUCACCACAGUUCUCUCGGUUCUCUACUCCGCCCUCCGAGCUGGCUCUUCCACCACAUUCCUCUCACCACCGUCUUCUCCAAGAUCAGCAUUGUUAGAAGACCCAGAGGAUGGGAAGAAGAAGAAUGGUGAAGCCGAGGCACGGCCUGUGAGUUACUCAUACUCUUUCUUCCAUGUAAUCUUUGCACUUGCGAGCAUGUACGCGGCGAUGCUUCUCUCGGGAUGGACCGACUCAUCAGAGAGUGCGUCUCUGAUCGAUGUGGGAUGGACCUCGGUUUGGGUCAAGAUAUGCACCGGUUGGGUUACGGCCGGACUCUACAUCUGGACACUCAUCGCGCCGCUCAUCCUUCCUGAUCGCGAGUUCUACUAA